AUGAGCCGCAUUCUAAAGGGACUUUUUGGCAGAAGGAUGACGGUGGCCAGUAAAUUACCAACGCGCCCAAUGGCCAGCCAGAAGGUGGCCUUUGCCCAUCCGGAGAAGCGUCGCACCUUUCCACUCGUCUACUACAAUUGGGUUGAGCAGAAGGUAGCCCUGGAGAAGGUCCAGAACCAGAAGAGCGAACCCAAAGUUGUAGCGUCUUCCCCUAAGAGGCCACGCGGUCGAAAAGAAUUCUUGGGGCACUUGAUUCACAAUCGGAAAAUCACCGACAUUGACGAUAUGCAACGUUGGUCGGAGUUUCGUCGGAAGUUAAUCUACGGCACUUACUAG